AUGGGUGGCGAUCUCAAUCUCAAGAAAUCAUGGCACCCCUCACUCCUGCGCAACCAGGAGCGCGUAUGGUCGGAGGAAAAACGCGCCCUCGAAGAACGCAAGAAAGUCGAGCAACUCCGCCGUGAGCGCGAUGAGGAGCGCCAGAUCCAGGAACUUCAGCGACUACAAGAAGACUCAGGCAAGCCGCGGCAGCAUAAUCGGGUCGACUGGAUGUAUCAGGCACCGUCGAGCGCGACUGGUCAUUACUCUGAGGAGAUGGAAGGGUAUUUACUUGAAAUUGGAGAAGGGGGCGGAUUUGAUGGGCGCGCCGCUGCUGCGCAGCCGGUCGCUGGGAUGGGGAAUCCGAGGGAUAUGAUGACAAAGGUUAUGGCGGAUCCGUUGAUGGAGAUUCGGAAGAGGGAGCAGGCGGCGUAUGAGAAUGCGGUCAAGGAGGCGGCUGCGAGAGGGAAAGCGAUUGCUAGGGGCGAGAAGGAGAAGGAGAGGGAGAGAGAUCGUGGACAUAGGAGGAGUAGGAGGUAUAGCGAUGAGGAAGGGGAUUCUCGGCGUCAUCGUCAUCGGUCGCAUCGGCAUCGGUCUAGGUCUCCUGCUUCACCCGAGCGAUCGCAUCGGCGACGCAGAGAUGAGAGAGAUGACCGAGACCGCAGGGAUCGGGACCGUGAGCGUAGGAGUGACCGGGACCGCAGAGAUAGGGAUGAUAGGGAUCCCCGUUCGAGCAGACGCGGAGAACGUGAUGAGAGGCACGAUCGGUCCUCUCGCAGAGACUCGCUACAUGACAGACCUCCUUCUCCUCGGGCCGAUCAUCGUCAUUCCGAUAGGCACCGCGCAGAUGACAGGAAUAACGACUACUCCAGAGACCAGGAUCGGCGCGAUAGGCCCUAUCGUCACUACGACAAAGACAGAAGAGACAACAGAGGCCCCAGAGACUCGUACUCCCGCGACCGUCCCAAUGACGCCGGGGCUGGAGACGCGAACAAAGCAAAAGAACUUGAAGAAGAGCGCAAGCGAAAGCUGGCAGAGAUGCUGUCCAACGCAGAUGAAAUGGAAGACACUCGUCGCCAGCGGAUUGCCGAUGUUACGGCUAUGGAAGAGAAACAACGUGAGGAAGACGAGAAGCAGCGCUCAGAAAAGGGUCGGUUUGUCGCAGGUCUUCAUCGUCAGCUCCAGGAAGAUAAUCUAGAUGACCGAAUCAAGCGUAGUCGUGGUGGGCUUUCUCGGAUAGAGGACUGA